AUGCAACGCCACACCUACAUCACCAUAUCUGUAUGGUCCAUCGCGAUAUGUGGUGCAGUUGAGUGGGACGUUCUCAUUCAUAGUUUCAUGCAUUUUUGUUGUCUUACUGCACAGAACUGAUACGAUCCGAAAUAAGGUGUACCAUUUCGUGAAGAGCUGGCGUAGCGAAGCGGUUGCCGCGUUGAAGGGCGGCGUCAUGAGAUUCUGUCUCGAGACAUACUUGGCGAAUGAUUAUCGUGGAGAGUUACCUACAACCAUUGUGAUUGGGAUCAUCGUUCGGGAAGGUGAAGAUGUUUCGAUCUGAUGUUGUGUAAACUCGGGAAG